AUGCCCCUCGCUACCCUAUCCAAUAUCGUGCCCCGUGUAUUCACCCGUCAUCGUGCGGUAGCGCCCAACGAACCAACUUCCCAGCUCAUCAAGAGGUCCCCCACAGACGCUCUGUCUUUUUACUCAACCCCGGGGAUUGCCCCACCGUCGGCGCGAAUCGACCCCAAGCUCAAGGUGCCACCGCGACGACCUCCAAGGUUUUGGGAGUACUGGAAGUUUGCUGCUGUUGCUGCUACCAAAGCAACCCAUGUUACCACUGAGGUGCUCUCUCACAAGAUUUGGGGACCGAGGAGAAAGUCCUGGGGCAUCGAGAUGACUGUCGUGACGAGCCUAAUCCGCGAAAUGGAACGUCACGCCGACCUCGUCGACAUUGACUUGCUGAGGAUGGUUAUGAGCCUGACUGGUUUCGCACCAUUGCCUUCAGAUGCUAUCGUCACGCCGGUUACAUUCCAUGUCAAACGUCGAAAUCUACGAGGUAUUCUGGCAGAUUUCGAUGCGGCGGAGACGGGCAAGCGCGAGUUGUAUGGCGAAUGGGUUGUGGGAAGGAAGACGUGGCAGAGGCUGCAGCAUGAUUGGAAAUCAGGAAAGCCACGGGCAGAAGGAGAUUCACCGAGAACUAGUCCGAAGAGGAAAGAGCGUGUAGUCUUGUACAUCCAUGGAGGAGCAUACUACCUGUCCAGUGCUGCAGCCCAGCGAAUAAUCAGCAUUCCCUUAUCGAAAUGGGCAGAUGCACGGGUGUUCGCGCUCGAUUACCGACUGGCUCCCGAAACAUGCUUCCCUGGUCCCCUGCACGAUGCCGUCAGCGCAUACAUGCGGCUUGUGGACGAUCUCAAAAUACCUCCCGAGAACAUCAUUGUCGCUGGUGAUAGCGCUGGUGGUGGACUUUCUCUUGCUCUCCUCCUCUAUCUUCGCGACAAUGAAUAUCCUUUGCCGUCCGGGGCAAUUCUUAUGUCACCGUGGUGCGACCUCACCCUUAGCUGCGAAUCCUGGGACCUGAAUGCUCCCUAUGAUGUCGUACCAUUCCCUUCCGCGGACUGCUACAUGAACCCCAUCGCUAUGUACCUCGGAGAGCAUAUGGAAAAGUACCUCACCCACCCUUACGCUUCCCCUCUGUUCGGAGACAUGACUGGGCUGCCCCCUCUCCUCAUCCAAGCCGGGGAAGCCGAAGUCCUUCGAGAUGAAAUCACCUUGCUUGCCCAUAAGGCGACCCUCGCAGGUGUUCAAGUCUACCAUGAACUCUACGAGGAUUGCAUUCAUGUGUUUCAAGCAUACCCUUUCCUCGAUGCCUCGAAGCAGGCAUUCGGAUCCAUACGCCACUUUGUGAAGCACGUCCUUCCGCAGGUCCAGAGCGGAUCGCCGCAGCCCCUGCCUGUCACUACAGAGCGUGGGUUGGAGAAGGAGAUCGAGAGCUCGGACGCCGUCCUCGUCAGUGGAGAUGGUACCGAAAUGGCCAAGAACAAGGAGCGAAUGGAAGACUUUGAACAGGGAUCCACCGCCUCCGACCAGUCUUCCGAUACGGAUGACGACAAGGAAGUGUCCCCAAGUUGGAUACGUUCCCCUGUUUUGAAUCGACUUGCGGAAGAAGACGAUCUCCCAAUUCCUAACAUGACGUUGUCGCCCCCCUCCCCACGGCCUGAAUCAGUCCCUGCGCGAACUCGACCUCGUUCUCAGACCCUGCUUCACCCUUGCUCUUCAACUCCAUCAUCCCCGAAAGCGAGGCCCCAGAGGAGUUACAAUACCCUGCGGUCGGCAGCGUUGGCGAUGUCGACUGUCCAGAAUUCCCCUCCACCACCACCCGCCCUCCGACGCUCCGCAAGGGGCGGCAGUCACCCUGACCUGGCUUCGUUGGUAGACAACUGGUCAAGGGAAGGCCCCGCCAACCACACGUAUCUUUAUCCCGCCAACACUACAUGA